AUGAAACAUCGAGAUUCAUGGUAUAUUGAAGAAAACGGGUUUAAUUCCAACAGACCUCGACCCGUGCGUUUAUCACGACAAACACAAGAGAACUUUUAUCCUUUUAUCCUUACUGUACGAGACCUUGGAGAAGACAAAUGCUGCCUAGGCAUUCAAAUCAAAACUUCACCACAAAAGAUACAACUAUCGCAGAGUGGAUAUAUCGAAGACGUCUUGAAAAGAUUUGGAAUGGAAAACAGUAAACCAGUCGCCACUCCCACGUUUAUUGAUCGAAGACUUUUAAAUGACAGCGCACGCUCCACCGAAGACCAAUAUGAGAAACCUUAUCGAGAGCUACUGGGAGAGUUGAUGUACCUUGCUCUGGCAAAGCGCCCUGACAUUGCAUACUCCGUAAGUGCGCUUAGCUGA